AUGAUGACUUUAAAUUUUUUUCUAUUUUGUUUUUAUAGUUUAUUUUUAGAAGAUGAUGCCGUUAAACGUGCUGCUACACAGCAGGAAAUAAUCCAACGUAUAAAUUUUAUUGGCAAUUUUAGAGUAAAUUUUACAUCAAAACCAUUGUAUAAUUUAAAUCAACCACGAUCAAUAUCUGUCUUGGUUAUGUUUGAUAAAGAUGCAUCAUCAGAUUUAAACAAUGAUAUUACAUGUGCUCAACUCUAUGCCGAUAAACUAAUAGCAUGGGUGAAUAAAUACAUUAUUCAUGCCAAUAUUCAACUAAUAAAUGCUGGUGUUGAAAUGUGGAUUAAUUAUGAUCGUAUAUCAUAUCAAUUUGGAUCAGAUCCAAAUCAAUUAAUGCCGGGAUUCGUCGAACAAUUGCAAUCAUAUUUGAACACAAACAAAUCAAAUUUAUUUGGGAAAAAAUACGCCUAUGGUCUAUUGAUAGCGAAUAAAACUACUCUAGUCACUGGUGGUUAUUCUCAAGCUCCACUAUGUACAACAAAUGGUGUAUCAAUUGUCAAUUAUCGCCCCUAUCCAUUGAGUAUUGCUGCUCUAGUAGCUCAUGAAUUAGCACACACGAUGUCAGUCGUUCAUCCAUGGGAAUUGUCACAGAUCUGUAGUAUAUUUCCAACAAUACGUUUUUGUACAAAAUCGAUUUUACCUUCUGAAUGUUUAUGUGAUACAGAUAGUUAUCCACCCGAACAAUGUUUAAUGACUUUUUAUUUUGGACGUGCAGUAAUAGAUCCACCCAUGUAUACACCAUGUGAUAUUGAAUUAAUGAAUUAUUUUUCGUCAAAUAGUGCAUGUAUAAUGGGCAAAGUUUCCAAACGACAAAUGAUAGAUUACGAUAAAACGUGA